CUCUUGCCAAGCGUGCACUCUUACGCCAACAUUAAUGACACGCAACUGUACUUGGCGUUCAGUCCAGACGUGCAGGGUGAUGACGCUAGUGCGGUAAAGGCUAUAUGUGAUUGCAUCGUGGAUUUAAGAAAGUGGAUGAUUAGAGAUCGACUUAUGUUACAUGAUGAUAAGACUGAGUUUUUGCUCCUUGAUACCAAGCAACAGCUAGAUAAGGUUGACAUUAAUCGUAUUACUGUUGGUGAGUCUGUUGUGAACCCAAAGCCGGUUGUCAGAAAUUUAGGUUCCUGGUUUGAUUCUCAGCUUAGUAUGUCUACUUAUAUUAGCAAGCUCUGUAACUCAGCUUUUUUUCAUCUAUAUAACAUCAGUCGUAUUCGCAAGUUCCUAAGCCCCUUGGAAACUAAGUCCUUGGUACAUGCAUUCUUUACUUCUCGCGUUGACUACUGCAAUAGCCUUUUGUAUGGUCUACCUGCCUCGCAACUUAACAAGGUUCAGCGUGUUUAAAACACUGCAGCAAGGCUUGUUUGCUGCACUCCGCGCUUCAGCCAUAUUACACCAUUGAUGUAUGAGCUACAUUGGCUUCCGUUAAGGCAGCGCAUUCAUUUUAAGAUUUUGUUAUUUGCAUUUGAGGAUGUCCAUGGUACAGCCCCUACAUACACUAAACAUCACGUACCUCUGGCAUAAAGGCCUCCUGCCAAAGCUGUUCUCAAACUAUUUUCAAUAUGCCAGUAAUGUCCACAAAUACAAUACCAGAUAUGCAUCGAAACAGAAUCUUUACGUAAAAAAAGUGCGAACUAAUACGGGGAAACAAACAAUCGGAUAUGCUGCAUGUACCAUCUGGGACAAAAUUCCCAUAACUCUUAAAGAACUAAACACAUACCAAUUCCAAAAACAAUUGAAACCUUAUUUGCUGUCAGAACAACAUAGUUAACAUAACUUAAGCAUAUACACUUUCUUUCUUAAUACAUUGUAUUUUCAAACUGCUUCUUUAGAAAUAAAUUCUAUCUCAAUUCUCUAAAACUUUAAAUUCUGGAGAACUGGCUAGAAAAUCUUAGGAUUAUUUCAGCUCCAGGCCUUAUUAAGUACAAAUAAAUAUAUAUUUUUUCUCUUUCACGUGAGUAUGUAAUUAAUUAAGUACAAGGUGAAUAAAGGUAUUGUUGUUGUGUUGUUGUUGUUAUAUUCAGAACUUAGUUUCUUUGAAAUCGCAAGGCACAUAUAACCUCAGAUCGUCAAGUGGGAUUUUGCUAGGAUCGUCAACAUUUAGAACUAAGGUCACACUAGGCGAUAGGUCGCUGCGCCCAAGUCAUGGAAUGCUCUUCCGCGUGAGCUUCGCGAUAUUCCAAACUUGCAUACUUUUAGGAGCAAUCUUAAGACGUAUCUUUUUAAGUUUGCUUAUGGUUGAAUGA